AAGAAUUAGCCAAAGGUAUUCGGUAUAGCAAUAUUAAUAAAUUUGAAGAUUAUUCAGCACCGAAUAUUGAUUAUGAAAAUAAAUCUCAAUCUAGACUUAGAAUACCAUCUAGUUUUGAUGAUAUAUUAAUUUGGCUAUUAAAAUUUCAAAGUAAUUUUAAAGUGUCUAAAACAGCUACUAAAAUUUUAAUUAAAUAUAUUUGGCAACUAUUAUGUGAGUUUGGUGAUGAAAAUCUUUUUAAAGAUUUUCUAACCUCAAU